GCCUUCCCGCCCUUCGCGCUCAGACGCCAAACCCAAAAUUAACCCCAUCAGGUCAUUCCCAUUGAUUUCUCACCACGCCCUUGCAUCUCCAUCUUCUGCUCUGUUAUUUCUUCUUCCACCUGCCGCCCCCCAGCGGGCUUUAAACUGGCUGAGGGGAUGCGAUUGCCCUCCUUUUCAUCCUCCUGAUCCAUUUUCUCCCACCCACCUCUCCGGUGGAGCAACGAUUCAAGAAAGAAAGCAGAGCAAAGGAGAAGCCAUUGUUGAUCGUACCUUUUUCCUUGGGAAGUGGAUUGAAAGAUCGGGAGAUGAAGCUAUUUGUCGAGGCGCGGAGAUGCAGCAUUCUGGCGCCGAAGCGAGCCUGACACGCCUGUCCCACUUGCUCCGCAGGGUCAAGAGAAUAGACGGAGACAGAGAUAGGCUGAGCGAGCAGGGGAGGGAUAGAGGGCGUGGAUCAUCGAAAUGAUGGGGACAGGAACUAAGAUGAAGGGUCUCCUCAAGGGCCUUCGCUACAUCUCCCAGAUCUUCGACGCCAAGGAAGAGGAGAUGCAGAUCGGCUACCCCACCGACGUAAAACACGUGGCGCACAUUGGUUGGGACGGCCCCUCCGUCGGCUCCCCCAGCUGGAUGAACGACUUCGGAUCCGCCCAGCAGCCCGCCAAUGAAGAUGACGCUGCUGCCGCGGCCGGGCAACCCAAGCAGCCCACCUCAGGCGGCGGAUCCUCCCGAGACUCGGCGCUGCCACGACCCUCGCGGCGAAUGGACUCCCCGGGACGCGACGGCUCGACCUCCAACCGGCACUCGCGCCGCAACAAGUCGUCCGGCGGAUCCGACAGCCCGUCGCGGGAGCCCGUCGAGGGGGGGUCCAAGCACGGGAGGAAGCACCGCAGCACCGCCGGCGUCGUGGGUGACGAGCAGCCGGCGCCCGACGUGCCUGCCGUCCCCAAGCAGCCGCACCGCCGCAAGACCAAGGGAUCUUCCUCGGCCAGCGGGGUGUCGACGAGGUCGUCGUCGAAGUUGAAGGCCGCGACCGCGUCGCAGUCGGAGUCCGGAGCUGAAGACGGGAAACCCAAUCCGCAACCGUCCUCGCCACCCACGGUAGGAGAAGAGGAAGAGGAAGGAAAAGAAAAGGAAGGGCUUUGACAUCUUUCCAUCAUCCAUCCGUGAAGCCUCCUGCAAUCUGCAUCGAUAUAUCGCGUGUACCGAAAAGGAGAAGAGAGGAAGAAGGAAGCAAACUUGAUGUACCUUCAAAUUUUCCAUGCAACUUUCGAUUGAUCGCUGGAUUUAGUUUUCUUUUUUUC